AUGGCAUCGACAUCAUCAGGCUCUUACGAUACCUCGGGGGCUUCAAACGCACCAUCGACAGCCUCGGACUCGUCCUCUGUACGCGCUACUCCUACCACCGCUGCAGAAAAGCCUCCGGAUGACACGUCUAAGCUUCGUAUGUUCUUGGGGAUUCUCCGGAAGUUCAUAGGUGUUGCGGAUAUUGCGUCUGUGAGGUUCUCGUUGCCUUCUCAACUGUUGGAACCAACCCCGAAUCUCGAGUACUGGAAUUACCUUGACCAGCCAAAUACAUUUGUAGCAAUUGGACAAUCAGAUGAUGAGGUGGAGAGAAUGCUGGAAGUAUUGCGAUUUUGGUUUACGAAGGAUUUAAAAUAUGUCAAGGGCAAGCCAUGCAAGCCAUAUAACAGCACUUUAGGGGAGUUCUUUAGGUGUAAUUGGGAAGUCGAGGCAGCCGCUCCUCCAAUAUCAGCCCUCAAAGCGCAAACUUCUCCAGACAGUUCAGCAUCUUCCAUCAAAUCAAAAGCGAUUUCACGAAAUGUCUCCUCAAGCACACUUCCUAAACUCGAAAAAUCUACCCCCAUCAAUGAGGCAGAUUCCGAACAUCCGGUCAAGGUUUCAUAUCUCACCGAGCAGACGUCACAUCACCCUCCUGUCUCUGCGUUCUAUGUGGACUGCCCCGAAAGAGGUCUCACUGCUCGAGGCUUCGACCAAAUUUCCGCAAAGUUCACAGGUACCAGUGUGAGAGUUACCCCAGGAGAACACAACCUGGGUAUCUUUAUCACUUUAGAGAAGAGAGAUAAUGAGCAGUACCAGCUCACCCACCCUGCCGCUCAUUUGGGAGGCUUAUUGAGGGGCGCUCUUAGCGUAACAGUCGGAGACAUAUGUUUCGUCACCUGUCCAAAGACAAAGAUCAAGACCAUACUUCAUUACAAGGAAGAAGGUUGGCUGGGGAAGACACAAAACAAGGUUGAAGGAGUAGUAUUUCGAUAUGACCCGGAGAAAGACAAUAAGACAGCGAUAAAGGACGUUCCUGAGAAGGAUGUCUUGGCUAGGAUCCAAGGCAACUGGAAAGAGAAGGUCUAUUUUUCUUUGGGAGCAAAAUUAGAAAACCAGGUUCUCCUGAUAGAUCUAAUGCCGCUCGCUGUGGCUCCCAAACUGCUCCCACCAAAAGACGCCCAGCUUCCCAAUGAAUCUGUGAAAUUCUGGUCUGGCGUGACAGAAGCCAUCCACACAAAGCAAUUUAAUCACGCUACGACUCUGAAACAAGAACUGGAAGAGAGACAGAGAGAGAAGGCGAAAGAAAGAGAAGCCAAGGGAAUAAUCUGGAAACCAAGAUUCUUCACUGGAGCCGUCACGCCUCUUGGAAAGCCCGAGCUGACGGAAGAUGGAAGAGAGGUCUUAGACGGUCUGCACGAAGGAAAUUUUAAAUUGAAAGAAAGCGAAGUCCUUGGAGCCUAG